GGUAGCGAUGUCAGCGUAGUCACACGAAAUAAACGCUAACUGACUGGAUGUUUUUUGCUUAUGUUUAUUCGUUUCAUCAUAGUUAAUCGUAUGAAUUAAUAUUUUGAGCCGUUCAUAAACACAAGAGCGCUUUUUCGUUUUCUGAACGACGAGGCGGUACUUCACAUUUGUAGUUUUUUGACGUUAGCAUAAAUUCGCCGCAAUGGCGGAGGGAGCAGCAGCUGCUGUUGGAGCUGGUCCCGAUGUAAACACAGCUGGAAACCCGACAGAAAUCGCCAUGGCGUAUUUACAAGACGAGAAGACUGACGGCGACGUCGCUAACCUCAACCUCGGAGAACUGGACCUCACCACUGAUGAGUUCAUCUUGGAUGAAGUGGACAUUCACAUCCAGGCCAAUCUGGAGGAUGACCUCGUGAAGGAGGCGCUGAAAACGGGCGUUGACCUCCGUCAGUACUCCAAACAGGUGGAGUCAGAGCUGCAGCGGAUUGAACAGGCCUCCAUCAAAGACUACAUCAAAGAGAGUCAGAACAUCGCUCUCCUGCACAACCAGAUCACCGCCUGUGACUCCAUACUGGAGCGGAUGGAGGGCAUGCUGAGCGGCUUCCAGAGCGACCUGUCCUCCAUCAGCAGCGAGAUCCAGACCCUGCAGCAGCAGUCGGUCAGCAUGAACGUCCGGCUGAAGAACAGGCAGGCGGUGCGCAGCCACCUCAGCCAGCUGGUGGACGAGCUGGUGGUGCCCGGAGCCAUGAUCUCCACCAUCCUGGACAGCCCGGUGACGGAGCAGGAGUUUCUGGAGCAGCUCCACGAACUCAACAACAAGAUCAACUUUGCCAAAGAGCUGAGCUUCAGAGAGACGCUGGCCUGCUCCGACAUCCAGGACAUCGUCGACCGCCUCAAACUCAAGGCGGUGUCAAAGAUCCGAGAGUUCAUCCUUCAGAAGAUCUACUCCUUCAGGAAGCCGAUGACCAACUACCAGAUCCCACAGAACACGCUGCUGAAGUACAGAUUUUUCUAUCAGUUCCUUUUGGCCAACGAGAGAACGGUCGCGAAGGAGAUCAGAGACGAGUACGUGGACACAAUGAGCAAGAUUUACUACAGUUACUUCAAGUCGUACAGCGGCAGGCUGCUCAAAGUGCAGUACGAGGAGGUGGCAGACAAGGACGACCUGAUGGGAGUGGAAGACACAGCCAAGAAAGGUUUCUUCUCCAAACCGUCUCUGAAGAGCAGGAACACCAUCUUCACUCUGGGCCAGAGGGGGGCCAUCCUGAGUCCUGCUGAGCUGGAGGGGCCGAUCCUGGUCCCACAUACGGCCCAGAGAGGAGACAGCAGGUAUCCCUACGAGACGCUGUUUCGCAGUCAGCACUACGCUCUGCUGGACAACGGCUGCAGAGAGUUCCUCUUCCUGUCCGACUUCUUCAUGGUGGCGGGAAACUCGGCCCUCGACCUCUUCAACAGCAUCAUGGGAAAAACUCUCAGCAUGUUCCUGAAGAGCAUGUCCACGUAUGUGUCCGACUGCUACGACAGCAUUGCCGUCUUCCUGUGCAUCCACAUCAUCCUCAGGUUCAGAGCCAUCACUGCCAAGAGGAACAUCCCAGCUCUGGACAAGUACUGGGAGGCGGUGCUGGAGCUGCUGUGGCCGAGGUUCGAGCUCAUUCUGGAGAUGAACAUCCACAGCAUCAGAAACACAGACCCUCAGAAACUGGGAGUGCUGGACACCAGACCGCACUAUAUCACUCGUCGUUAUGCAGAGUUCUCGUCAGCCAUCGUCAGCAUCAACCAGACAUUUCCCAACGAGAGAACCAACGCACUGCUGGGACAGCUGCAGGUUGAGGUGGAAAACUUUGUGCUAAAGAUGGCGGCAGAGUUUCCCUCCAGAAGAGACCAGCUCAUCUUCCUCAUCAACAACUACGACAUGAUGCUCAGUGUCCUCAUGGAGAGGGCAGCAGACGACAGUAAAGAGGUGGAAGGUUUCCAACAGCUGCUCCUGGCCAGGACGCAGGAGUUCAUCGAAGAGAUUCUGUCUCCUCCCUUCGGAGGGAUGAUCGCCUUCGUGAAGGAGGCCGAGGCUUUGAUGGAGAAAGGGCAGCUGGAGCGACUGAAGAACGAGGAAGCUCGUAUCACUCAGCUGGUUCGGGGCUUUUCGAGUACGUGGAAACAGUCGGUUGAGGCGAUGAGUCAGGACGUCAUGAGGUCCUUCACGAACUUCAAAAACGGAACCAGCAUCAUUCAGGGCGCUCUGACCCAGCUGAUCCAGUACUACCACGGCUUCCACAAGAUCCUGAACCAGCCGACGUUCCGCAGCCUGGCCGUCCGCUCGGAGCUCAUAAACCUGCACCACCUCAUGGUGGAGGUGAAGAAGCACAAACCCAACUUCUAACCAGCGGGGAACCCCGCCGGUCAAAACAUCCGCUUCACCCGGAGGUCUGGAGGCGUCGAGUCCCUCCGGUUUUCUCCCCCGUCCCUCCAGCUGAGGUCAGCUGAUGUCCAGCAGCAGAAGCUUCAUCCAGCUCAGUUAGAGAUCAUGGCAGACCCCCCCACUAACACUGAGAACUAGCACAGAGAGAAUUAAUCACAGACUGUAAAUACUUUAAAUGGCCGAUCGUAACACUGAUUAUUACUUUCAAAUUUUACAACAAAAUGUAAAAAUGUUCAUUUUGUUUGAAAACAUGAAAACAGAAAUCCAGUUUAGCAACAAAAGAUCUGGAGCGAAGAGCUCUGAGGUGACCUUCAUCAUGAAACACUGUUAGUUUAAUUUAAUCCAGAAGAAGAAAUCAUGUAUGAGGUUUGAAACACUGCACUCGCUCACUUCACGUUACCUGAAACAAGUUUCCUGUUUUGUUUUUUUUUUUUUUUUUAUUGGUGAGCAGCUUCAGUUAACCUCAGCAGGUGAGAUUGAUCAUUAAAGGUUGAAGCUGGUGAUAUUCUGUUUGUCUUCUCAUCAAACCAUCAGUGCGCCUCUCAUUCCUGUCUGACUUCCUGUCUGUGGCUCUCGGCUCACUGGUUCCUGCCGAGGACGUAAAUCUUAAAAAAAACUCCUCACAAAUGUAAAGUUUCAUCUUCAUCACUGAACCCUUUCCAACAGCUGCUUUUUAUCAGACCAACAGGAGGAAGUAGAGCCUUUGUUUGGGACUAUUUUCAGCGGCGGAUGAAUCCGAAUGUUCAUGGUGAUGAAGGAACGUGUGUGAGGCUCACUGAUGUGUUUUAAUGGAGCUUUAUCAGGACCCAGAACUGUUAGCAGUUAGUGGUUAGCAUUCGCUGCUGGUGUGAGGUUUGUUGACGAGAUGAAAAAAGUAGAAUAUCACCAGACUGAUCCUUUAAAGAGUCACUCCUUCAGUCUUACUGUUAUUGUGGCCUUUGCUCUUUAUUUAACUACUGAGUCGAUCGUGCUGCGUUUAUUGUGUGAAAGUGUCAUUCCAGUCUGACUUCACAGUUCAACAACGAAUCAUGGAAACACGACAUGAUUGUAGUUGCUUGUUAUAUCUUCAUCUCUUUAUUUGAUUUUUAGGUGGAGAGAAUACAAAUAAAUAACUAAAAUGUAAUCACUUUGUACAAAUAAACACAGAAGAAUAGUGGUUUAAACUGAAAAAUGAUCGUAUUCAGAGUAUUUAAAGUCAAUCACAUCACAUGAACCGGCCCAUUAAGAAUAAAACACACUGACAGUCGUAAUCAGAGUUUAUCUGUAUAAAUCUGAAGCUGUCUAGAAGAGAGGAAAUCUGAUUAAUUACAAUCUAAUCACCUUAAUAUUUAAUGGAAUAUGCAAAAAUACUAUUUUAUUAGUCAGAAGGGAUCUCAGUGACAUAAAGCAAGCUUUGUA